AUGGAUAUACCGCCGCCUUGUUGUGCUGCGGGCUCAAUCAAGGUGUCCAGCACUAAAUGUGGUUGUGUCGCUGGAUUUAAGUUCGUUCCGAGUAGCUUCUGUGUCCGUUGCCCUUCUGACACUUAUCAGGACAAGCAAGGUCAAACGUCGUGUAAAAAUUGUCCAGGAAAUGAACAGACAUUCGGCAAGACAGCGAUGACAAGCAAGUCCAACUGCUCAGACACAAACCCUCUGCAACUCCGUAAGCUGAAGGUUUACCUACCUUAUGGUAUCACGUCUGGUACUGUUGUCGCGAAUGUUACCGUUACAGGGCAACUGUCUUCCCUGGCUCAACCUUUCAUAUUUUAUAUUGACAGUGUCACACAACGUGGAAUGCAGUCACGCGGCAGCUUAAAAAGACGACGACGGCGUGACAUUGUUGACGUAUGCGAAGACGCUGGCACAAUCGUGCCACUGAACUAUUUCUGCAUUCAUCGUUUGAGUGGACAGAUAGAAGUAACACGAGACUUCAAGUUUAAUGAUGGGGACGAAUUUGAUCUGAAAAUUCGCGUAACAGACAGCGACCAGUGGGGGAAAACUGCAAACACGGCAAACUUCAAAUUGAUAUCACGUGACGAGUGCAAAGAUAUCCGAGUGAUUUAUAACGAAGCCGUACGAUUUUGUUCCGGGGUCUCGCCGGCUAAUGGUCAAAUGCCCUGUCCGACUGCGCAGUGCCUAAAGCCUUUGUAUAAAUGGCGACAGGCGGUUAACGCAAGUGAGAAGUUUAGAGUUGAUUGCGCUUCUGAUCCUAACAAUAUGGAAGCUGUGAUACAGCAGUAUUCCAGUUGUAUUGGUCCACCGAACGUUACCUUGAACCCAGUCUCCCAAGAGUUAAAGGAGAACGCUCCAGCUGUACUAACAUGCAACGCUUCCAGUCCACUGCAAGUGAAGAUCACGUGGUACAAGAACGGAAAGUCAGUUGGACGAGAAGGAAGCCAACUGAAGAUUGACAAAUUUCAACAUGAGGAUCAAGGCGACUAUCAUUGCAGUUUCUCGACAUUUUUAACAAGCAGUUUAUCAAAACCAGCCUUAGUUGUUUUGAAAGAUGUCCUUACGUCAAGAGUGUCAUUUCGAAUCGUGAAUGAAAAAUUCAAAGAAGACCUAUUUGAUCCGAGUAGCUCGAGCUACUCGAGCAUGCAGAUCGCAAUCCAGCGAAAACUGCAAAACUAUCUCAAUAGCGGAAAUCCUGCUUGGAGCUAUGAAGUCAAACUUGUUCAAUUCAGGGACUCGUCUGGUAAGGUGGGUGUGGACUUGGUAAUUUACAGCUCAGCUAAGAGUGAAGACUUCACUUCAUACUACAGUAGGCUCGAGACGCUAUUGGCUGAUGAAAGCGCCAUGGAUAACACACUCAAGCCUUUGCGGGUGUCACGCAAGAGCGUGACUGUUAGAAGUGCAAGUAAGUUUUCCUCUGUUGCAAACGAAACAGAAACCAUUUCUAGAGAAAAGAAAAUUGCAAUAUGCUCACCAAAUGUCUUGUUUUACUUGUCAUGUUAUCCAUUGACGGAUAUUUUGGAAAGUUGCAAGGCUGACGCGGUGCUGAUUGCUGACGUCAUAGGAAGUGUUGUCUCAUUGGCUGAUUCGUUGAACGAGACUGCCCAAGACGUUGUGGACGUGAUUGACAAUGUGAUGAAAAUGAAGAAGGAGGAUCUUCAAGAGAGCCAGCGAUCAAAUAAAGCUUCUUCCAAGUUUCUUCAAGCGUUGGACAAAGUAGCGACAACUCUUCCACUGUCUGACAAGGAAUCUUCAAGGCGCCUUGUUGCUCCAAGUGUAGCGAUCCAAUCUAACCGUGUGGACCCAGGCUCUUUUUCGGGCAUGUCUCUUGCUGUCAAAUCACCUACCGCUGACCCAAACAAAUUAACGUCCGAUAGCAUGGUCAGCGACGAACUUCCGAUGGCCGAUGUUCAAACGUCAAUCACGCUACCGGAAGUCAUUUUUGAGAAGGAGACUCCUUCCGGUAAAACGGUGAAGAUUGGUUUUGUGAUUUACCAGAAUGACAAGUUUUUCCAACCGGUUGUCCCGGAUGAGGAAGAGAGUGAACAGGAGCCUUCUUCGGUUAUGAGUCGAGUUAUUUCUAGCAGCGUUCAGGAGAUGACGUUUGACAACCUCAGUAAACCACUUGAACUUGUUUUUGAGCCCGCACUUGAAGUGGAUUUGGAAAGCGGAGAGUCUGUGUGUGUAUUUUGGGACUUCAGUGCUAUGGGGGGCCUAGGUAACUGGUCAGAUCGAGGCUGUAAGCUCAUGAAGAAUGAAGCAGGCCGGGUAAAAUGCCACUGUGAUCACAUGACUAACUUUGCAGUCCUAUUCUCUGCGUCUGGUCCGAAGAAGCAUGACGAAAAACACGCCAUGGCGCUGUCAAUCAUCUCUUACGUGGGCUGUGCAAUUUCAUUGGUUGGACUCACCCUUACCUUGAUGACAUAUGCAUUGUUCAGGAAUUUACGUAAGACUAACCAGCAGCCAAUCCUGAUGAGCCUGUGCGUGGCGCUCAUGUUACUGCUGAUCGUAUUUAUCGCGGGAGCAGCACGGACAGAGAAUCUUAUUGGCUGUCGCAUUGUGGCGGUUCUGCUUCACUACUUUGCUCUAGCGACUGUGAUGUGGAUGGGAGUGGAGGGUUAUAACAUGUAUAUGUCCUUUGUACAAGUUAUGGCUACCUAUCAAUCAAAGUUCAUGUUAAAGGCGUCCGCGGUGGCCUGGGGCGUGCCUGGUGUCAUUGUGCUCAUCACUAUCGCCUCGGCAACGAGUUACUAUGGCAACGAAGACGUUUGUGUUCUUUAUGGUGUUCCCUUCCACGCCGCCCAGUUUGCUCCUAUUCUCUUGAUAAUCCUCAUCAACUUCGUCAUUUUUUUCCUGGCUAUACGCACGCUCAACAGAACAGGCGCUAUGGUUUCAGCGGAGAAAAAAUCUACCUCUUAUCAGCGAGUACGCACCGCGACCGCCAUUUUGAUUCUGUUGGGACUCACGUGGGCGUUUGGCGCGCUGGCUGUGUCACGUGCCCAGCUGGUCUUCGACUAUCUGUUCUGUAUAUUCAACUCGCUUCAAGGGUUUUUGAUAUUUUAUUUUCAUUGUAUAAGGCACCAAGAAGUUCGUAAUCAAUGGAAGUGGCUGCUCCUUGGUAAAGGGCUCCGAGUUCGAAAGACGGAGACUGAUUCCCGAACUGGUUAUCCCAAGACAGCGUCACGGCAGAACAAGUACGAGGUUGUUACACCAUCGACUUCAUUGUCAAUGAAGGAGCCACCCGGAAGGAAAAUAACGGUUACUUCUACUGUUGGUGGCGGCUCCCCGACAUGCAAGCAUCGUUCUGAUUUAAUUCCUGCUGAGGUUUGAGAGAACAGAUUCACAAAGCGAUGUCCAGUAUCCGGAUGAAACUCGGCUUUGGACAAACGAUUUUCUAACUAUUAGGAUAAAUCAGUUUUCAAUACCUUUGGUGCAGUAAUGUAUUGGUAGAUCGUUAGCGCUUUGGAAGUGCAAGACUUUAUGCCCUUCGAAGGCCUGAUCAGAAAGCCAUUCAAGAUGGUACGGAAAUUGACUUAGCGUACUCUUGAUUGACACGCAACAAGCCCAGAAAUUUCAAAACUU